CAGUAGUAUAUAUAUAUACGGACACAUGGCUCGCAGUGUCCUAAAGCCUUUCACGUUUUCCCCUUUAUAAAUUGAUCAUCUAUCUGCUUUCAACUCUCGACAAAAAAAAAACGAGAGAGAGAGGUGAAAGAAGUAAAAGAACUUGCAAAGCAAAAAUGGCGACCCUUAAGGUUUCUUCUUCUGUUCCUUCUCCCUCUGAAGAUGCUGAGCAAUUGAAAAGCGCAUUUGAUGGAUGGGGUACCAACGAGGAAUUGAUCAUAUCAAUCUUGGCUCACAGAAGUGCUGAACAGAGGAAGCUGAUCAGGCAAACAUACCAUGAAUCCUUUGGAGAGGAUCUUCUUAAGAGUCUUGAGAAGGAACUUACAAGCGACUUCGAGAGAGCCAUCUUGCUCUGGACUCUUGAACCGGGUGAACGUGAUGCCUUAUUGGUUAAUGAAGCUACCAAAAGAUGGACUUCAAGCAACCAAGUGCUUAUGGAAGUAGCUUGCACUAGGACCUCUACGCAGCUUCUUCACGCUAGGCAAGCUUACCACGCUCGCUUCAAGAAGUCUAUUGAAGAGGAUGUCGCUCACCACACCACCGGUGACUUCAGAAAGCUUUUGGUUUCUCUUGUUAGCUCAUACAGGUACGAAGGGGAAGAGGUAAACAUGACAUUGGCAAAGCAAGAGGCUAAGCUGAUUCAUGAGAAAAUCAAGGACAAGCAUUACAAUGAUGAAGAUUUCAUAAGGAUUUUGUCCACAAGGAGCAAACCACAGAUCAAUGCUACCUUCAAUCGUUAUCAAGAUAAUCACGGCGAGGAAAUCCUCAAGAGCCUUGAGGAAGGAGAUGAAGACGACAAGUUCCUAGGGCUGUUGAGGUCAACCAUUCAAUGCUUGACAAGACCUGAGCUUUACUUUGUGGAUGUUCUUCGUUCAGCGAUCAAAAAAACGGGAACAGACGAAGGAGCUCUCACUAGAAUUGUGACCACAAGAGCUGAGAUUGACUUGAAAGUCAUUGGACAAGAGUACCAAAGAAGGAACAGCAUUCCAUUGGAGAAAAUCGUAAACAGUUAAACCCAAGAACCACAUGUCAGAGAGAGAAGUUUGGAUAACGUAGUUUCCAAAAAGAUCCAGCAAGCGAUAAUUCAAAGUUUGUAACACGAGAAAAGCUCCCGGAUAAUCGCUAGCUUUGCCAUAAUGCUUUCUAAACUGGAUCGCUGCUGGAAUAUUUUGCUCUAUUAGACUAUCUCCAAUGUAUUUUGCUAUUUUCAUUUCUAAAAUAGAGAAAUUCUAUAAUAUAGAUGAGAUAUGCUGCAUUGUAUUUUUUUUUUUUUUUGGAAUUAUACAAUAGUAUCCUAACUCUACAGAAGUGGUCCAAACUAGUCACUGUAAAAUCUAAAAUCUACAAUAAGUAUUU